AUGAACAAAGCCCAGGAGGAAGAAGAGCAGGAGGAAGAACAAGAGCAGGAGGAAGAAGCAGAGCAGGAUGAAGAAGCAGAGCAGGAGGAAGAAGCAGAGCAGGAGGAAGAAGCAGAGCAGGAGGAAGAACAAGAGCAGGAGGAAGAACAAGAGCAGGAGGAAGAAGAGCAGGGGGAAGAAGAAGAGCAGGAGGAAGAAGAAGAGCAGGAGGAAAAAAAGCAGGAGAAAGAACACGAGCAGGAGGAAGAACAAGAGCAGGAGAAAGAACAAGAGCAGGAGGAAGAAUCAGAGCAGGGGGAAGAAGAAGAGCAGGAGGAAGAAGAAGAGCAGGAGGAAGAACAAGAGCAGGGGGAAGAACAAGAGCAGGGGGGAGAAGAAGAGCAGAGGGUAGAACAAGAGCGGGAGGAAGAACAAGAGCAGGAGGAAGAAGAGCAGGAGGAAGAACAAGAGCAGGAGGAACGACAAGAGCAGGAGGAAGAAGAAGAGAAGGAGAAAGAAGAAGAGCAGGAGGAAGAAGAAGAGCAGGAGGAAGAAGAAGAGCAGGAGAAAGAACAAGAGCAGGUGGAAGAAGAAGAGAAGGAGAAAGAAGAAGAGCAGGAGAAAGAAGAAGAGCAGGAGGAAGAAGAAGAGCAGGAGGAAGAACAAGUACAGGAGGAAGAAGAAGAGCAUGAGGAAGAAGAAGAGCAUGAGGAAGAAGAAGAGCAGGAGGAAGAAGAAGAGCAGGAGGAAGAACAAGAACAGGAGGAAGAAGAAGAGCAUGAGGAAGAAGAAGAGCAUGAGGAAGAAGAAGAGCAGGAGGAAGAAGAAGAGCAGGAGGAAGAAGAAGAGCAGGAGAAAGAAGAAGAGCAGGAGAAAGAAGAAGAGCAUGAGGCAGAAGAAGAGCAUGAGGCAGAAGAAGAGCAGGAGGAAGAAGAAGAGCAUGAGGAAGAAGAAGAGCAGGAGGAAGAAGAAGAGCAGCCGAUACCCGUGACUAAUUCCGGACAUCACCGAAUGUGGUGA